CUCGAGUGCUCUCACACACUUGGCUUGAUACACUUCAUAGCAAGCAAUGCAAAUAAAAAAGAGAAAAAGUCUUAUAGAAGGAACACAUGUCCAACAAAUGUCUGGAAAGCUCGAGAGAUUUGGCUGCCAAUUUUACAAACAAACAAAGGAAUGCAGUGAGUAAAAAAUAUUGGUUCAUCGGUUGAUUGAACACAAGCAAGGCAUAAAAACGAAUGGCCAAUAAUCAGAGACAAUUUGUUCCAGCCAGGCAUGAUGAGAUGAGACAGUAAGUAUCUGAAAAGAAAAAAAAACAUUUGCAGACCAAGUAUGAGGUUUUUUUUUCUGGUAUAUUUGAGGAUUUUCAUUGACAUCUUGUAGCUUCGUGUAACUUCUGAAACAUAUUCUACAAAUAGAAAAAUCAAGAAACUAAAACAUAUUUACCACUUCACACGUGAUUUCAGACUCCUUCCAGGUGUUUCUUUGAUGUGUUGGGUUUUCUUUGUUUACACAAAGCCAGGGACCUGUAAUCACAGAUAAGGAUAAAUGCUUAAGUGCCAAAACACACAGUGUUUGGUGGGGUCACUGCUGUCAGUGCAAAGCAGCCCUUUCCACUAGGUGGCAGGAGUAGUCAGAAGAUUGUGGGGCUUUCACAACGUUGUCCUCAUCACUCUUCCCAUUAAGAUCCAGGGAAAAAGAGAGAAACACAUGGAAAGUUUUUGCAAACACAUCCAGGGUUGGAGGGUUUUUCUGUCUACAUGGCACAAACAAAAGAGCAGCUUCAGAUGUAGUUUGAGGAGCUUCUCUCAUCCAUGUGCAUGUUGCCUUGAACCUGCAGAUGAGGGGGUGCCACCAGCACCUCUGCUUUGUCUCAGUCUUCCUCUUCAAACACUGAGCAACACUCACAGCUUUCCCCUUGGAUUACUGCAUCUGAAAACAUCAGUGGAGGAUUGACAGAAGAAUCUGCAAAAAGGAUUAAUCCUUUCUUCUUCUUCUUUUUUUUUUUUUUUAAAUCUGAUUGUUAUGUGAUUUUCUCCAAGUGGAAUGAUGUCUCAGUGCUGGAGCCAGAGGCUCUGGUUCCCCGUUGUGUUUGGUGCCACACUGGUUCUGCUCACUGCUGUGGAUGCUGGACCAAACCAGGGCAGGAGGCAGGCUCAGCAGUCCUCAUGCUUCGGAGGUUUUGAUCUCUACUUUGUUCUGGACAUAUCUGGAAGUGUGCAGAAUCACUGGAAUGAAAUCUACAGUUUUGUCGAACACCUGGCACAUAAAUUCAUAAGCCCACAGUUGCGGAUGUCCUUCAUUGUGUUCUCCAACGAGGGACGGAUCUUGAUGAGGCUGACAGAAGACAGGGAACGUAUCCGUAAAGGUCUGGAGGAGCUCCAGGCAGUUCUACCAGGAGGAGACACUUAUAUGCAUGAGGGCAUCCAGCGGGCCAGUGAGCAGAUUUACCAUGGAAACACAGAAGGUUACCGCACAGCCAGCGUCAUCAUAGCUCUGACUGAUGGAGAGCUGCUGGAGGAUUUUUUCUUCUACGCAGAGAGGGAGGCUAACCGCUCCAGAAGUCUGGGUGCCACAGUUUACUGCGUUGGAGUCAAGGACUUCAAUGAGACACAGUUGGCGAAGAUUGCUGACAGUAAAGACCACGUCUUUCCUGUAAAUGGUGGAUUUGAGGCUUUGCAAGGAGUCAUAGAUUCGAUUCUGAAGAAGUCCUGCAUCGAGAUUCUGGCAGCAGAGCCUUCCAGCAUAUGUGCAGGAGAGUCAUUCCAGGUUGUGGUAACAGGAAAUGGGUUCCUCCAUGCCAGAAACGUCGACAAAGUUUUGUGCAGCUUCCGGAUCAACGACACUGUGACCAAGAUGAUGAAGCCCCUGACUGUUGAGGACACAUAUCUCCUCUGCCCCGCCCCAGUCCUUCAGGAGGAGGGGAUGGCAGCGAAUCUGGACGUCAGUAUGAACGAGGGCCUCAGUUUUAUCUCCAGUUCAGUCACCAUUACCACUGUGAAAUGUUCUGACGGGACCAUCCUGGCCAUAGCUCUGCUUAUCCUCAUGCUGCUCCUGGUUCUGGCUCUCCUCUGGUGGUUCUGGCCCCUCUGCUGCACCGUGAUCAUCCACGAACCGCCACCACCACCUGUGGAGGAGAGCUCGGAUGAUGAGGACUUUGACACCCCAAAGAAAAAAUGGCCAACCGUCGAUGCCUCCUACUAUGGAGGAAGAGGAGUGGGGGGGAUCAAAAGGAUGGAGGUCCGCUGGGGAGAGAAAGGCUCCACGGAGGAAGGAGCGAAGCUGGAGAAAGCCAAAAAUGCCAAAGUGAAGAUGCCGGAGCAGGAGUACGAGCUGCCGGCCACUCGGGUUCUCAACAACGGGAUGCAGAAACCUCCGCCACCACACAAGUGGUACUCGCCCAUUAAGAGCAAACUCGACGCCCUGUGGGUUCUGCUGAAAAAAGGCUACGACCGCGUGUCUGUAAUGAGACCUCAUCCAGGAGACAAGGGAAGAUGUAUGAACUUCACCCGCAUAAGGUCACAGCCUCCUCGCUACCCCGACUUUAACUGCCACCCCUCACCCAUCUGCAGCCCCCCCAGCAGAAGUCCUCCUCCACCACAGGGCUCCCUGCCGCCGACUCCUGGCAGCCCUCAGUCAUUUUCCUUUUCCCCGCUUCCAUCGCCGCCUUCAACUCCUCCUCCUGUCUCCCCCUCUCCCUCGCCACCCCUCAUGCCCCACCCUCACACGCCGCCUCCCAAACGAGCUCUUCCUCCAACCACCAUGUACAUACCCGCUCCGCCAGCGUCCCCACCCACCCCUCCGGCCGGCCCGCUGCCUCCUCCUCCACCAGGACCUCCGCCCGGGCGAGCCCCGCCACCCGCCCGCCCGCCGCCUCGUCCCGGCCUGUAGGGCCGUGGCGUCACACAGCAGAGACGCAAAACUGAAGGACAGCAGCGAUCAGUUUGCAGAAUGUUUCCUGUGCUUUUGAAGCAAGGACACGAGAGUCUGCUGGCCAGGAACACUUCUAUCCAGCUAGUUGUCUACACUGACUUUUGUACGCAUCUAGCAGAACAGUGCAAUUACUCGGAUGCUUGAAUUACACUCCACAGUCCAUACAAAUGAGAUCAUGCAGACUGGCUCCAGAACAUUUGUGCAGAUGAUGCUCAGAGGAGCAACAGAACACAACACCUCAUAAGUUUGGACGAAUCCUCAGGAGCCUCGUGGACUAAAAUGUCUGCAAUGUCAGCCCUCGAUAAGAAGCUAACUUGUACUGGUCAUGACAUUAAAACGCAUGCUUGUCA